AAUUGAUUAGAGCUGGGCCAUAUACUCACUAUCGCAAUAAUGUGGAUAUUUUCAGAUUUCAUGAUACAUGCAUAGUACAUUUUUAUGAUCAAAAGGUUAAAAUAAUUCUUCAUUUUUAUUUUAAAUAAAAAUUCUCACUUGAAUAUAUACAUAAUACUUAAAGAUGUAGUAAUUAUAAUAUUUGGAAUUGUUAAUAGGGGUUAGCGAAUGUAACUACAUAAUAUAUAUGUGGUACAUAUGAUAUCUACAAUAAAAUGAAACAUGGAAUAUAAGAUUACAAAAAUGGGAGCAACAACAUUAUCCAAGUGUGGAUCGGAAGCAAUAUAUCUUGAUUUGUGGUAAUGGUAGUCGUUGAUGUGCAUGUGAGUAAGGGUGAGUUUGAACGCUUCGAAGCCUCAACCAAAGCAGACGGCUCCAUCACUGCUUUGGUCAUCGGAGAUUGGGGAAGAAAAGGCCAAUACAACCAGUCGCUACUUGCCACCCAGAUGGGUAAGACUGCAGAGAAGAUAAACAUUGAUUUUACAAUUUCAACUGGAGACAAUUUUUACCCCGGUGGACUAACAGAUGCAAAUGAUGAAGCCUUUUAUCAAUCAUUUUAUGAUAUCUACAAUUCUCCUGCCUUGAACAAGAUGUGGUACACUGUGCUGGGGAACCAUGACUAUAGAGGUGACGCCUUGGCGCAAUUGAGUCCCAUCCUCAAAGCAAGAGACAAUAGAUGGUUUUGCUUGAAAUCUUUUAUUCUUAAUGCAGAUAUUGCAGAAUUUUUCUUCAUAGAUACGACACCGUUGCAAGACAAGUACUUCACGGAUCCAGAAGAUCAAGUCUAUGACUGGAGAGGAGUCCUUCCCAGAGACAAAUACAUCUCAACUCUCUUACAGGAUUUGGACGUGGCACUACGAGAAUCGCAUGCAACAUGGAAAAUCGUGGCAGGUCAUCACACCAUUAAAAGCGCUAGUAUACAUGGUAACACACAAGAACUUGUACAAAAGCUUCUUCCAAUUCUUGAGGCAAAUAAUGUUGAUAUUUACAUUAAUGGACACGACCAUUGCUUGCAGCACAUUUCUAGUUCUGACAGCCCUCUUCAAUUUAUAACCAGUGGGGCCGGCUCGAAGGCGUGGAGGGGUGUGUAUAAUUGGCCCAACUCAAAGGAGAUGAAGUUUUUUUAUGAUGGACAAGGUUUCGUGAGCAUGCAAAUUAAUCAACAUCAAAUUCAUAUCAAUUUCUAUGAUAUUUUUGGCAAUGUAUUGCACAAAUGGAGUGCAUCAAAACCCUUGUUCUCUACAAUGUAGGUUCAUUUGAUAUUUGUAACUUGCAAAUGUAAUAUUGAAUUUAAUUUAUGCUGAAUUAAGCAAUUGCCCUUUA